GUCCUAAUAAAUAAGGACGUACCCUGAACUUUUUAGUUUGGGAGCCUCAACAAAUUUAGUUUCAGUGACUACUAUACUGCCACAGUUCAGCUUUAAGCUUUCACUUCCCAUGGCCAAUGCUCCUUUUUUUUCUUCUUUCUUGUUGUUAAUCUUCUUGGUUGUAGCUGGGUUUGAUGAUUGCAUUGCUAGCCAAAUUGGUUUGGGUUCCAGAUUGGUUGCUAAAGAAAACAGGGCUUGGGUCUCAGAUAAUGGGACUUUUGCUUUUGGGUUCACUCAGUUGGAUGAUGAACUUGAUCAACUUCAGAUUGCAAUCUGGUUUGCUGAGCUUCCAGGAGAUAGAACAGUGGUUUGGUCAGCUAACAGAAACUCUGCGGUCUCCAACAAUGCAAUCUUGGAGCUUGACACAACUGGAAGCCUCGUCCUCUUCGACCGUGACAACACCAUCUGGUCCUCCAACACCUCCAAUGCCGGUGUCCAAGGUGCUGACAUGUCGGAAUCAGGCAACUUCAUUCUAUACAACGCAGACAACCGCCCUGUGUGGCAGAGUUUUUCAUAUCCUUCUGACACUCUUCUCCCUAACCAGCCUCUGUCAGUCUCUUUGGAACUAACAACCUCUAAAUCACCCUCCCAUGGUGGUUAUUAUGCUCUCAAAAUGCUUCAGCAACCAACUUCUCUCACCCUCGCUCUGACAUACAAUAUGCCUGAAAGUUAUGAUGACUGGCCCGAGUUAUAUUCCAACUAUUCGUACUGGAAUGCACCUGAUAUAUCAAACGUGACAGGGGAUGUUGUUGCGGUUUUAGACGAAGCUGGGAGCUUUGGAAUUGUAUAUGGAAAUUCAUCAGAUGGGGCUGCGUAUAUCUAUAAGAAUGAUGAUGAUAAUGGAGGAUUAACUGCGCCUUCAAGGCAAUCGACCCGGUUAUCAGUUCUUAGGAGACUGUCUCUGGAGACUAAUGGGAAUCUGCGUCUGUAUCGGUGGGAUGAUGAUGUUAAUGGGUCACGGCAAUGGGUGCCAGAGUGGGCUGCAGUUCAAAAACCUUGUGAUAUUGCUGGAAUUUGUGGCAAUGGGAUAUGCAGUCUGGAUAAAAGCAAGACUAGUGCUUCUUGUACAUGCUUGCCAGGGACAGCAAAAGUUGGCCCAAACAAUCAGUGCUCAGACAAUUCUUCAUUGACAAAGAAUUGCGAUUCAAGACAUGGAAACCAGACAUCCCAGUUUAGGAUUUCAAUGGUGCAGCAAACUAAUUACUAUUAUUCUGGUUUUUCUGUUAUAGCCAACUACAGCGAUAUUCAGACUGUAUCCAAGUGUGGGGAUGCUUGUUUGGCUGACUGUGAAUGUGUUGCUUCCGUUUAUGGGUUUGAAGAUGAGAAUCCUUAUUGUUGGGUUUUGAGGAGCCUGGAUUUUGGUGGUUAUGAGGACCCUGGCUCAACUCUGUUUGUGAAGGUUAGGCCCAAUGACACAGCAUCUGAAGGCAAUAGAAGACGAUCUGGAGAUUCCUCAGAUGGUUCUGGAAGUAAGAAAAUCUUGGUUAUUCCUAUUGUUCUCAGCAUGUCUGUUCUUAUAGGGCUCCUCUGUUUGCUAUUAUAUUACAACGUAAACAGGAAGAGAACCUUAAAAAGAGCCAUGGAAAGCUCUUUAAUAUUGUCAGGUGCUCCAAUGAGUUUUAGCUACCGCGAUUUACAAAUUCGUACUUGGAAUUUCUCACAGCUACUUGGAACUGGGGGAUUUGGGAGUGUUUACAAGGGAAGCCUUGCAGAUGGGACUUUGGUCGCUGUAAAGAAGCUUGACAGGGUAUUGCCUCAUGGGGAGAAAGAGUUUAUAACUGAAGUGAACACCAUUGGCUCUAUGCAUCACAUGAACUUGGUACGUCUUUGUGGAUACUGCUCUGAGGGUUCACAAAGGCUUCUAGUUUAUGAAUUCAUGAAAAAUGGGUCAUUGGACAAAUGGAUCUUUCCAUCGUAUCAUUCCCGAGACAAGCUGCUAGAUUGGCAAACUCGCUUUGACAUAGCUGUGGCCACUGCACAGGGUAUUGCAUAUUUUCAUGAGCAAUGCCGAGAUCGAAUCAUACACUGUGACAUCAAACCAGAAAAUAUUCUGUUAGAUGAGAAUUUCUGUCCCAAAGUUUCAGAUUUCGGACUAGCUAAGUUGAUGGGAAGAGAACAUUCACAUGUUGUUACAAUGGUCAGAGGAACAAGAGGCUAUUUAGCUCCAGAGUGGGUUAGUAACCGACCUAUAACUGUAAAAGCUGACGUUUACAGUUAUGGCAUGCUUCUCCUAGAAAUCAUUGGUGGUCGGAGAAACCUUGACAUGUCUUUUGAUGCAGAGGACUUCUUCUACCCUGGAUGGGCUUUUAAGGAGAUGACAAAGGGAAAUCCGACCAAAGUUGCAGACAGAAGACUAGAAGGUGCAGUGGUAGAGGAAGAACUAAUGAGAGCAUUGAAAGUAGCAUUUUGGUGCAUUCAAGAUGAGGUUUUCAUGAGACCUACAAUGGGAGAAGUAGUGAGGAUGUUAGAAGGUUCAGUGGAUCAUAUCAACAUGCCACCAAUGCCACAGACAGUUUUGGAGUUAAUUGAAGAAGGCUUAGAUCAUGUAUACAAAGCCAUGAAGAGAGAAUUCAAUCAUUUUAGUUCCUUCACCAUCAAUAGCCAUCCUUCAACUCAUGCUACAUGUAGUUAUUCCACAAUGUCACCUAGAUGAUGAUCAAGCUCUAGACCAGAAAACAAUUUUGUUUGAAUAUAAUGCAGCUUUAGUUGCUGGAAAUUGCCAGAGCCUGACAAAGAGUUUGACUAAUCUUAUGUUGUCUGUAUCUACAAACUAAAUUUCACCAUAUUUUUGUUAAUCCAUGAAAUUCAUUGUAUUUGUUUUUCUA